AUGAAGCAGCGAUAUUCCUCUCUGGACAUCAAAAUCAUCUCCCACGAACUCUCCAAUACGCUCGUCACACUCCGGCUAUCCAAUGUCUACGAUCUCAGCUCGAGGAUUUUCCUCCUCAAGUUUGCGAAGCCCGACCAUCGCCAGCAACUGUUAAUCGACAGCGGGUUCCGUUGUCACCUCACCAGUUUCGCCCGUGCCACUGCGACCACCCCCACACCCUUCGUAGCCCGAUUGAGGAAGUUUCUCAGAACAAGAAGAUGCACAAAGGUUUCUCAAAUUGGGACAGAUCGUGUCAUUGAGAUCCAAUUCUCUGAUGGCGCGUACCGCCUGUUUCUCGAAUUCUAUGCUGGUGGCAACAUUAUCCUCACGGAUAGCGAGCUGACGAUACUGGCGCUGCUUCGCAGUGUGGGUGAGGGCGAGGAACACGAACAGUACCGGGCAGGCCUGAAGUACAAUCUCUCACUGCGGCAAAACUACAAUGGAAUCCCCGCUCUGACGAAGGAGCGUCUACGGGAUGGCCUUCAAAAGGCGGUCCUUCGGCAGCAAGAAGAGGCGCUCAGGACUGGCGGCAAGAAGAUGAAGAAGAAGGCUGGAGACGCAUUGCGACGCGCGCUAGCAGUGACCACAACCGAAUUCCCUCCCAUCUUGAUUGAUCAUGUUUUACACCUUUCCGGUGUUGAUCGUGAGCUUCAGCCAGACCAGGUGCUUGCGAGCGAUGAGCUUCUAGAGACGAUCCUACAUGCUCUGGAGAAGGCGAAUGGCGUCAUCAAGGACAUAACCCGGGAUGAAGUGGCAACCGGUUACAUCCUAGCGAAGCAGAGUCAGUCUUCGAAAGACAGGACGGCAGCCGGAGAUGAUGUCGAAGGUACCGGAUUGAUGUAUGAAGACUUUCAUCCCUUUCGGCCCUCGCAACUGGCUGGAGAUGACUCGAUCGUGUUUCGUGAGCAUUUGGGUUUUAACAAGACGGUCGACGAGUUCUUUUCGUCCAUUGAGGGUCAAAAGCUUGAGUCCAAGUUACAAGAGCGUGAGGACCAUGCGAAGAAGAAGAUUGAGCAGGCUCGGCGAGAACAAGCCAAACGCAUCGACGGUCUGCAAGAGGUUCAGGAGCUGAACAUCCGCAAAGCACAGGCAAUUGAGGCGAAUGUUGAGAGAGUGGAAGAGGUCGUCGCUGCCGUGAACGGCUUGAUCGCGCAGGGAAUGGACUGGGAGGACAUUGGGCAUCUGAUAGAGRAUGAGCAGAAGCGACACAAUGCCGUCGCAGAGCUGAUCAAGCUACCGCUCAAACUUCACGAGAACACGGUCACUGUGUUGCUAGCAGAGAUUGAUGACAUUGACGAAGACGACAUGGCAAACGAGACAGACAGCGAGCCUUCCGACAGCGAGGACGAGGCAUCUCGACCGACUCCAGCAAGGCGGAACGAAGCUAAACGUCUGGCCAUUGAUAUCGAUCUUGCGGCAUCUGGUUGGUCAAAUGCCCGUCAAUACUAUGAUCAAAGACGAUCGGCAGCAACGAAGCAGGAGAGAACCGCUCAAGCUUCACAAAAGGCUCUCAAAAGCACCGAGCAAAAGGUGCUCGCCGAUUUGAAGAAGAAUCUCAAGCAAGAGAAGGACGUGCUUCGACCUGUCCGGAAGCAGCUGUGGUUUGAGAAGUUCAUCUACUUCAUUUCGUCUGACGGAUAUCUGGUGCUUGCCGGGAAGGAUGCCCAGCAGAACGAGAUCCUUUACCGCCGCUACUUGAAGAAGGGUGAUGUGUACGUUCAUGCUGAUCUCAACGGUGCGGCAAGUGUCAUCGUCAAGAAUAACGUCGCAACUCCGGAGGCCCCGAUCCCUCCUUCGACCCUGUCGCAGGCCGGCAACUUAGCUGUAUGUACCAGUUCGGCGUGGGAAAGCAAAGCAGUGAUGUCGGCUUGGUGGGUAAAUGCAGACCAGGUCUCCAAAACCGCGCCCACGGGCGAAUACCUCGUAGUAGGCGGUUUCACCAUUCGUGGGAAGAAGAACCAUUUGCCACCUGCGCAGCUUCUGCUUGGAUUUGGUGUCAUGUUCCAAAUCACGGAGGAGAGCAAGACUCGCCACCUCAAACACAGACUGCAACGCACUGACAAUGCUGCAAACACAAAUGACACGGGCGCCGGCAAUACUGCCACCUCAUCGGUCGCUGGCGACGGCGCAACAGAUAACGACGAGGAUAGCGAUGAUGAGUUUCCAGAUGCAACUACAGGAGUUCAUCCCAAGAACGACGAUGAAGAAGACGACGAAUUCCCUAAUGCUGAUCACGAUCAAGCAGCGGAGCAUGAUUCCAGCGACGAGUCACCCGCUCGACAAACGGAGGCUGCCGAACAUGAGAAUGAAGACGAAGAGUACCGCUCCCAGAAGAAUAACCCUCUGCAGAUGAGAGGUAGUGCCUCCCGAGAUAUAGAGCCAGAUGAAGACGGUGAGGAUGAUGAGGAUGACAACGAGGAAAAUGACGACGAGGAAGAAGAUGGAGAUGUUGGUACUGGCAAUGGUGAGAUUGUUGAGCAGCGGGUCAAACUGGACAACGAAGCCACGAACACAACCAUGAUUGAGCCAGAAAGGCCGGUAGAGCAAAAAGCAGAAGAUGCGCCGCUCUCGAAUAAGGAGCGCAAAGCACUUGCUCGUCUGGAUAAGGGCAAGCCCAUUCAUGGCGACCCUAAGCCCAAGCCCUCGAAAGGCCAGAGGGGCAAAAAGGCACGUGCGAAAAAGAUCGCGACGAAGUAUGCUGAUCAAGACGAAGAGGACAGGGAGCUGGCCAUGAAGCUCCUUGGCUCUCGGGCUGCUGAGGAACGGCGGGACGCUGAUGCUCAGGCUAAAGUCGCCAAGAUCGAGUCCGCAGAGGAGGCACGUUUGCGACGUCGUGCCCAGCAUGAAAAGGCACAGCGUGAGGGUCUUGAAGCGGAAGAGAUGCGUCGUUUGCAUCUCGAAGAAGGUGUCGAUACUCUUGAUGAUGACGAAGCUGAAGUGCUAACUGAAUUGGAUGCGCUCGUUGGAACACCGCUAGCUGGAGAUGAGAUUCUGGAGGCCAUUCCCGUAUGUGCACCGUGGGCAGCUCUAUCGAAAUUUAAAUACAAGGUCAAGCUCCAGCCUGGACAGCAGAAAAAAGGCAAAGCCGUGAGGGAGAUCUUAGGACGCUGGGUCAAAGACGGGAGUGAUCCCAGACGUAUCGACUCACAGGCGCAGGAUACUGAGAGGAUCUGGCCACGGGAAGCAGAACUCAUCAAGGGCUGGAGAGAUGUCGAGAUCAUGGGUGUUUUGCCUGUAAAGACGGUGAGAGUUAUGAUGGCAGGUGGUGGCGCUGAUAAGAUCAAAGGUCGCGGCGGGAAGGGCGGCGGGAGGGGUGGAAAGGGUAGCAAAAAGAGGUGA